UCCCGCCCGUAGUGACCUCAUGGCAGUCGGCGCCAAAUGUAUUCAAUGUCCGGUUCUACGAACGCAGUGUCAGUCUGGAGGAGGCAGUUGUAAGCACGGCACUUGUGGACAUGGCGGUUGUUGACACGGCUCUUCACUGUCACGACGUCGGCCAUGUCGCUCAUUAUUCUACUUAUGAGCCCCAGUCCAGCUAACUUGCGAGCUAUUAGCAUUCAGGCUAGGUAGCUGCUAGCUAGUGAGCGGUUAGCUCCUCUGCGGACCGCAAGCUGAAUGUCAGACCGCUGAGGGCCACUCUGAGAUGGAAGGCAGCCAUGAGCAGGAGUCGCCGGAAGCACCGAAGUUACCCCUGGAGAUCCUAGUGUACGUGCUGGGCUUUCUGCCGACUUCAGACAGGAAGGAAGCCUCACUCGUCUGCCGCAGCUGGUACUUUGCCAGCCAGGACUCCUGCUUUCAGAAAAAUGUCAUGUUUUGCUUUCCGGCUUCAGCCGCAUCCCUGGAGCUGGUCAGGGGUCUGGGGCAAAGGUCUCGCUGCAGCCUGGUCAUCAGCCAGCUGGAUGGAUUCAGCUUGUCCAAAUCUCUGCUGAUUGAGGUGGGUUUAUGUCUUGGCUCCAGGUUGGACAGUCUAGCACUGCCUGGCAGCAGUGUGUCUGAGGCCUCCCUGCUGGCCCUCCUCCCUCGCCUCACCUCCCUCCGCAGGCUCGACCUGAGAGGGCUGGACAGUCUCUUUAUGUCUGGAGCUUUCCUCUCCAGGGAGGAACACAGACUGCAGGUCAGAUCGGCCUUAUCUGGGCUAGAAGAACUGGAUCUUUCCGACCUGCGCUACCUCUCUGACCUCACCUUCAACCGACUCACAGGAUGCACGCCUCGGCUCCGCCGCCUCUCCUUGGCUGGCUGUCAUAUUGCUUUUGAGUUUGACCCAUACCGCGGAUGCCCGGUGGGAACUGUGGAGGUUUCCUCAGCACUGCUCUCGCUGAGGAAUGUGCGGAAGUUGCUGAUGAAGCAGAACACCACCAUUGUCGCCCUGGACCUCAGCAGGACCGCCAUCACCCCUGAGUCACUUCGCACAAUUGCCCAGGUUGAAGGUCUGGCCUUAGAGGAGCUGUGUCUGCAAAGCUGCAAGGAGCUGACAGACUAUUCAGUGGAGGUGCUGCUGAAGCACCAACCCAGCCUCCAGAGAUUGGACAUCAGCGGCUGCACUGAGCUGACCAGCAGGAGCGUAGUCGCCAUCGCACGAGGCCUGAGCUCGCUGACGCACUUAUCUCUGUCACGUGCCUGGAGGAUCACUGAAACAGGCCUGGCUGACCUGCUGUCUGUGUCUUCCCUGAAGAGUGUGGAUCUCUCCGAGUGUCUUAACAUCGGGGGCACAGAGAUGGUGAAGGGUUUGUCUCGCUGUGAUGCUGAGCGAGCACAGCUAGAGACUCUCCACCUCAGGAGCUGCGCUUACGUCCGGGACGAGGCUGUUUUGGCCCUCACGCAGCUUGUAGGCAGCACUUUACUUCAGCUGGACCUGACCGCCUGUGUCAAUGUGACCGAUCUGUCGGUGCGUGCCAUCGCCUCCUACCUGCAGGGCCUGGUAGUGCUCCGCCUGGGUGGGUGCAAGGAGGUGACUGACUGGGGUCUGCUGGGCAUAGUGGAGAACAGGACGUGUGAACUGGAUGAAGAGAAGGAGGACCACGGCCCCAGGUUCACGCGCACCUUUGGAAACAUGGGUUUUUUCAAGCCCCCCCACUUGCCUUUUGAGGAUCGUCCCAAGCUGGUGACCCAGGACCACCUGGAGCACUUCAAACAGGAGGCGGGAGCCUCGCUUUUAGCUCUUUCCAGGCUGCGGGAGCUCAACCUGUCCGCCUGCUGCAAGCUGACCGACAGCAGCGUCGCUCAGGUGGUGCGCUACCCGGACCUCCAACAUCUGUCGCUGUCCAUGCUGCCUGAGGUCACAGACGCCAGUUUGUGGGCCGUGGCUCGCCACUGCCGCAGCCUCACCAGCCUGGACCUCAGCCACUGUGCCCUCAUUAGUGAGCUGGGCUUGGCACAGGCGCUCCCACACCUGUGCAGACUGCAACACCUCUGCCUCGCCGCUUGCAACAUCACUGACAAGUCUCUGUUCCUGCUGGCUCAGCACUGCAAGAGACUGAAAACUUUGGACGUGUCAAAGUGCAGCCGGGUCUCAGCGACCAUGGUGGACCGUCUUCACUCUCAGAUGCCCUUUUUGGAGACUGUCCAAUACAGACUACAUAACGGCACCGACUUCACGCUCUGAUUGGACAUUCAGCUCCAAAAUAUAUAUAUAUAUAUAUAUAUAUAUAUAUAUACAUAUAUAUAUAUAUAUAUAUAUAUAUAUAUAUAUAUAUUAGGGGUGUAAUUGUACACAAAAUCGGUACGUACCUCGGCUCAGAGGUCACGGUUCGGUUCAUUUUCGGUACAGUAAGAAAAUAACAAAAUAUUAAUUUUGGGGUUAUUUAUUUAACAAAUAUGCUAUAUCUUCCACCAAAAAUAUUUUUCUUAGUGGUGAAGUAAUCGGAAACUUGGAUCAGUCAAAAAACAUAACAUUGAUUUUGAUUCAAUUUUAUGUUUUAAACUGACAGUUUGAAAGAAAAAAAACAGUUUUGUUUUAUUAGUCAACGUUGCAACUUUUUCUGAAUUACAUUUAGCCUUUAAGCUUUUUAUUUCACUUUUGUUUUUGUUUAUUUUAAUAGUAUUUUUAGAAUGGGCCGUGGGCCUUUUAAAACAUUAGCUUUGGGCCGCAAAUGGCUUCUGGGGCACACUUUUCACACCCCUGCUAUAGAUAAUGAAAAAUAAAAUCUAAUAAAUCUAUGGGUAAAAAGCAGAGCUUGGCGACGCAGGCGCGUUUAUCAUAAGUCUCUCGCUCUCUCCAUCGCUGCCCCUCCCUCACCAAUGUUGCUGCGCACACAACUUUUUUUAUGUUUUUAACCCCUUCUUAACCCUGAACGUACAUUGAAAAUACACGCAACCCUAACUUAAAAUGACGGACAUUUGAGGCAUUUAAGAAACUCCACCCGGACAGCCCCGCAAAAGAGGACAUAUCCGGUGUAAAGAGGAGGUGUGGUCAGUCUAUCUAGCCUGGUCACUGCUAGCAUGCCGUUUUUUUUUUUUUUUUGUUUGGUUGGAACUUUUAUUAGUAGAUUGCACAGUACAGUACAUAUUCUGUACAAUUGACCACUAACUGGUAACACCCGAAUGAGUUCAACUUGUUUAUGUCGGGGUCCACGUAAAUCAAUUCAUGGUGCCUCGGUGUGCAUUGUUUACACAACGUGCGGUGCGCUACUUAAUAUGUACAUGUGGAACUCGUACGGUACACCUCCGAAUCGAACCGGAACCCCCAUACCAAAAUGGUUCAAUACAAAUACACGUACCGUUACACCCCUAAUAUAAAUAUUCCACUAAUCAACCCUGAUAAGGCACACUGUUAAGUGAAAAACAUUUCAAGUGACUACCUCUUGAAGCUCAUGGAGAGAAUGCCAAGAGUGUGCAAUGCAGUCAUCAGCAUAAAGGGUGGCUAUUUUGAAGACACUAGAAUAUAAAACAGGACUACUUAGAGAUAGGGUGAGAAGCUCUGCCAUCCGGGAGGAGCUCAACGUAAAGCCGCUGCUCCUCCACAUCGAGAGGAGCCAGAUGAAGUGGUUCGGGCAUCUGGUCAGGAUGCCACCCGAACGCCUCCCUAGGGAUGUGUUUAGGGCACGUCCAACCGGUAGGAGGCCACGGGGAAGACCCAGGACAAGUUGGGAAGACUAUGUCUCCCGGCUGGCCUGGGAACGCCUCGGGAUCCCCCGGGAAGAGCUAGACCAAGUGGCUGGAGAUAGGGAAGUCUGGGCUUCCCUGCUUAGGCUGCUGCCCCCGUGACCCGACCUCAGAUAAGCGGAAGAUGAUGGAUGGAUGGAUGGAUAGAAUAUAAAACAUGUUCUGAUAUUUCACCUUUUUUUUUUUGUUAAGUACAUAACUCCACAUGUGUUCAUUCAUAGUUUGGAUGCCUUCGGUGACAAUCUACAAUGUAAAUAGUCAUGAAAAUAAAUAUUGAAUUAGGUGUGUCUAAACUUUUAGCCUGAACUGUGUGUAUGCAUGUGUAUAUGUGUGUGUGUGUGUGUAUAUAUAUAUAGAUAUUAUAUCUAUAUAUAUAUAUAUAUAUAUAUAUAGAAAUAUCUAUAUAUAGAUAUAUCUAUAUAUAGAUAUAUAUUAUAUCUAUAUAUAGAUAUCUAUAUAUAUAUAUUAUAUCUAUAUAUAGAUAUAUAUAUACAUAAUAAAUAUAUAGAUAUAUAUAUAUUAUAUAUAUAUAUAUCUAUAUAUAUAUAUAUUGUAUAUAGAUAUAUAUAUCUAUAUAUAUAUAUAUUGUAUGUAUGUAGGACUUCACGGUGGCAGAAGGGUUAGUGCGUCUGCCUCACAAUACAAAGGUCCUGCAGUCUUGGGUUCAAUCGCAGGCUCGGGAUCUUUCUGUGUGGAGUUUGCAUGUUCUCCCCGUGACUGUGUGGGUUCCCUCCGGGUACUCCGGCUUCCUCCCACUUCCAAAGACAUGCACCUGGGGAUAGGUUGAUUGGCAACACUAAAUUGGCCCUAGUGUGUGAAUGUGAGUGUGAAUGUUGUCUGCCUGUUUUGGCCCUGUGAUGAGAUGGCAAUUUGUCCAGGGUGUACGCCGCCUUCCGCCCAAUUGUAGCUGAGAUGGGCACCAGCGACCCCCAAAAAAAGGGAAUAAGCGGUAGAAAAUGUAUGUAUAUGUAUACAUGUAUUUAUGUAUGUAUAUAUAUAUAUAUAUAUGUGUGUGUAUAUGUAUGUAUGUAUAGAUUUAUAUACUGUAUGUAUGUAUAUAUGUAUGUGUGUAUAUGUAUAUAUGUAUAUAUAUCUACAUAUAUAUCAUUAGACAUAUAUACAUAUACAGGUAUGUAUAUAUGUGUGUAUAUGUAAUGCAUAUAUUUAUGUAUACAUAUAGUGUAGAUAUAUUCUAAACAGAAGCAUGGGGUUAUUGAGGGAUAACCAUCAAGCAGGUAUUUCAGUAUCGCCAUUUAAUGCAUUUAUGUUGACGCAAAUUAAGUUUUAUGCAUAUGACAUGAAAUCACAAACAUUUCAAUAUGCUACUGUGUAAAAAUACUGUUUACUGUAAAAAAAUUACAAAUGAAGCUAGACUCCAGUAAAACUAAAGAGACCUGGAAAUUGUACCUGGAUUUAUUUUUGAAAUGUUUUCUUUUUAAGAGAUCUUUGUACAAACACAAAAUAACAUCCAAAGCUCCUGCAUUAUUUGUGAGCAUAAAGAAAUCAAAUGUCCGACACAAUUCGCCAUGACUGAAUGAAAAAUCUGAUAUAAAAUACUUUUUGUAUUUAACUAGUUGGUGUGAACUCCUUUCAUCUUGUAAAGUGUUGGCAUUAACACAUGUUUGGAAGAAUGAGGCAGACAUAUCCAUCAUCAUCUUUCAAAUACAGUACAUCAUUUUUACCAUAACAUCUAGAAGUGAUUUGCACACUGUAUCAUUAUUUUCAAAGUACCGUAAGUCCUAAAAAGGCUGAUUUUAAAGUCCUACUGAAAGCCACUACUAGAGACCACGCAGUCUGAUAGUUUAUAUAUCAAUGAUGAAAUAUUAACAUUGCAACACAUGACAAUACGGCCGCUUUACUUUACUAAAUUGCAAUUUUAAAUUUCCCACGAUGUGUCCUGUUGAAAACGUCACAGAAUGAUGACGCGUGCGCGUGACGUCACUGGUGGUAGCGGACAUGUUCUCCCAGCACCGAUCACAGAUAAAGUAGUCUGUUUUUAUCGCAUAAUUACACAGUAUUCUGGACUCUGUGUUACUGAAUCUUUUGCAAUUUGUUCAAUUAAUAAUGGAGACGUCAAAGAAGAAAGAUGUGGGUGAAAAGCGGUGUAUUGCAGCCUGCUGUAGCAACACAAACAACCGGUGUUUCUUUGUUUGUUGUGAAGCUUUAAUAUGGAACAGAGCGGUCAAGCGAACAUGUUUCUCUACCACAUGUCAACCGGCAGGU